UAUAGCAGAGUUCCUGUUCUUCAAAAGAGAGGCAUUGACGUGGAUUACGACUUGAACAUUGUCAGCGAUAUCCCUCACAAUACCCGUAGAUACAAAACCAUUUAUUCUGUUUCACGGGUUUGAAGCACUUGAAACUUAAAUGUACAGCAUUCUGUAUCGCGAUCACUUUUGUUUACACUCAUCUUCUGCAAAGAAAAUACGACAUGAGUAGAGGCAGUUUGCGUCCCUUUACGAGAGGAAGAGAGAUCCUGUCUCACGCUAUUGCCGAUUACAAAGGACAAGUUCAGAAUGUCAAAGCAGCCCGAGUGUACAUCUUUGGAGAUGAUGAUAUUGUCGAAGACGAUGAAAAUGACCAAACAGAGUUUGAAAUGCCUGAAAUACGUUCUAGACGUGGACAGCAAGGCAUUGGUAGUGGUGGCCGGCUCGAGGAAGAAAAGUUUUAUUUUGAAAAAGAAAUAGUAGAUGGUGAAACUUUACAGAGUGUUUCACUGAAGUAUGCUUGUCCGGUAUCAGAGCUGAAAAGAAUCAAUAACCUCAUCAAUGAUCGAGACUUUUUUGCCUUACGACACCUCAAGAUUCCCAUGCGGCGCCAUGGCUACCUGUCUUCCAUUGUUGCACAAGAAGAACAGAACAAAAAGAGGCCAGCAGAAACACAUGAUAGCCAGAAUGGAGCAGUUCCACUCUCUGAGUCUGAAGCAGAGAUGAAUGCUGUUAGUUCUGACGUGGACUUCAGUGAUCCAGAAAUGCAGAAACUUGUCAUUCGAACUGUUAGCAUACGAGAAAACUUUUCUCAACAAGGACAAGAGGCCCAACAUUUUUUGGACAAAAUGGACAAAGAUCUGUCAAAUUAUCGUCAGUCAGCAGAGACCAACCGGAACUCACUAGAUGAAGUGAUAUCUGUCUUAACACAUACAAGCAUUUAUCCUCUGCAAAAACGAAAAAGAACAGAUGGUGCUGACUGUGGAGUAACUUGGGGGAGAAUUUUGAUAGUAGCUGUUAUUGUGGCUGUUAUUUUUCCUAUAAUAAUUUUAUAUUUCAAGUUCUUUCAUAACAAAGACAAAGGAUCCUGAGGUCUUUUCAUCGUAAUGUACAUAAUGUGUUUGAAUAGCACUGCUAACAAAUAUUGGCAAGCUUAAGAUGGUUGUGCUAAAAUGAGUUGUUAGAUAGAUACAAAAUAGGCAGAAUACAUGUGCGAGUAUAUCUAGAAUGGGACUUGCAACACUGUCAGAAGACCAAGCAAAUUCCUAGUACAUGCUUACACUAAAAAGCUGAUAAGGAAAAAAAUGAAGCUGAAUCAUAAGGAUUUUGAAACAUUAGGAUCUAAUCUCUGUUGAAUAGGUUCAUACAGUAAACUUGCAAUUGAUUUGGAGAAAUGGUUUGAGCAUCGGGUCUGCACAACACUUUUAUUUUAAAGAGCUGUUCAGAGAUAGCUGAGUUUUGGCUAUUUAUAACAACACUACAUAAGGAUCCCAAUUGAAGGGGGCUGCCCAAAACCGGGUCCGCUGGUGAGGUGUUGUUGCGGCCCUAUGGUUAUCAUGUGACUGUAAAUGUUUUGGGCUUCAUUUUAAGCCUAUACCAUAAGCUGUAAUGUGGUCAUCAGUAUGGUUUGCUAUAGGUUAUUUAUGUUGCCAUUUUAGGUCCGUUAAUUGCAUUUAGUCAUUCACACUCCAGUGAGAACACACUUGCAUCACAUACCAGCAACCUUUGUUCUGUGCAGAUUUUAUAGAGCCAGUAGCCGUGGACUAAUCAUGAAUACCAUCCAUUACCUUUGUUGAUUUUAUGCUUCUAUUUGAUUCAUUUUCUCAGAAUUAGGAUUAUUUUUUUCCAUUUCAAAUUAGUUGUCAAGCUUUACUUCAAGAGGUAUUAAAAAAAUGAGAUUAAUAGUUUACAUCUCAAGUGUGAUAACAUUAUUUUCCUGGUAGUUGUUGGCAUUUGUUGUAUAUCUAGUCUCCAAGGUGUUGGAUGUCAAGGAAUCUCCACCAUCAUCAUUUUGGGAAGAAUAAUUGUUUCAAGAUGAUCUGCCAUUACAUGAUUACGCCAGUCAUGUACUGUCACUGUAUGCAUUGUUCAACACCAUACCAGAACUAGUUUUGACAUUGAUUUCUUCUAAAAAUGAUUAUAAAAUCUUACUGAACUAGAUCUGAAGCCUUUUUCCUUUUUAUGCAGGCAAGGGGUUACAUUGUCAUGAGUUGGGAAAAUGUCUGAAUUGUUUAACAGUAGCAUAAUUGUUAUAUGUCAGUAAAUUGUUUGCCAUGUUCUUGACCACUAAAAUGAUAAUACUUUUAAUCUUUUAUGGGACCAAUUUUACUGCAUUUUUCAUUUUGGUGGCAAAAACAUGGGGUCUAUUUGCCUACCUGACAGGUUUUGAUUUCUCAUAUCAGUGCUUUAUCAUAUCAUUGACAGCUCAUUUUGAGGUAACUGCUCACAGCAAAAGUAGGUUAAUACACGUCUCUUCCAAUUAGUUCAUGCUGGAAAGGGACAUAUGCAUGCAUCUUCAUGUUUUCCUCAAAACAAUCUUGCUGUAGUCUACUGCAUUGAUGGGGUUUUUUGGAAUAUAAUUUGUGAAAAUGAGUACAUGUAUUAUGGUGAAAUUGUCUUCUGAAGUGCCAUUGUCUUUCACUGCUGGUGCUGAUAUCAACCAGUUAGUCAAUGCUCGAUAUUGUAAAAAAGAAUGACUAGUCCUUGAAAUGGUAGAAAAUAUUGUGACACAUUUUCUGUAGAAAAUGUCACUGAUGGGUGUGUUAAAACACAGGCUCAAAUCACUUUGGAUUUAUUUGGUCUACACAUCAUUUGCACAUUAAUAUAUAAAUUUACACUUGCGGCCUGCUGGGAUUUUUAGGCUGGUAACAUUUGCAGAUUGUUUUAUGGGACCUUCUUCUUUGUACAGAUCGUUAGUUGCCUUUUAUGUAAAAUACAUGAAAACGAUUUUUUAAAUGCUAAAAAUGUGCCUUAACCAAAAAAAUAUAAUAUCUAUAGUUUUGUCAUUUAAAAAAGCCUCGCUACAGGAAUAGAAAACAAAACAGUUAAAAGAAUACAGAUCCUGAUUUAAGGAAAAGGCAGGUUGAAUGUGAAUGAUAGCUACGGAUGUUCUGAAUUGUUUCUUCUCAAAAUGGGCACUUUAACUCCUCUACAGCUGACAUUUUGUUUCUGACAGGAAUGCCACAGCAGUUAAAACCGAUCAGAUUGUUGUAUCUAUGGACAGUUAUCUCUUCCAACAGCUUCUCAGAUUUUGCAGAUGUGUACAUGCACAACUCAGACCGGUGGGAGUAAGCAAUACAACUUUAUAAAUUGUUGUAAUUUGUUGAAUGCUAUAGUGUAGGUUUUUAAAUUUGUUUCAUAGUCAUCUUCUUUAUUACACAGAAACAUAUGCAUAUCAUGGGUAGCUGUUGGAGCAGCCUUGGUUUGUUCUCCAACUGCCUAAUAUAGUCUUUAUGUUCAUGACUGUGCAAAACAGGUGAAACUGGAAGUGAUAGCUUUGCUUCUGCAGUAGUCAUCGAAAGUUGAAUUGGUUGUUAACAAAAUUGUGUUUUGUCGGUUAGAGAAAGAUAGCUACUCCUUUAUAAUGCUGUCUGGUAAAAAAUGAUUUUUAACUUUCUUUAUGAAGGAUGGAGUUUCAGAAGUGACAAAAAUAAUUUCAGUUACCUGAAUGUGAUAAAAUGGCACAAGAUCACUUGACAUUUGGUUUGAUGAUUUAUCGUAAUAUACACAUGCAGUGGAUACUCAUAUGCAAACAACAAAAAAAGUGAAACAUUUUGAAAGUACAUGUGCUGAAGAUUGUAGCUAGAGUGAAAACCAACAAAUGAUGUGAUAUUUCUCAAGAGGUUUUCUUUGUUGGCUGUUUUUAUUUGACAUAAUACUUUCUGUGUACAUAUGUACAGAAAAUGUGGAUUGAUGUUUGUUGUACUGAUAAUUAAAGUCUUGUUAAAACUUU